ACUGCACACCUAAGAAAGGCUCUACCAGAAUUCAUGACAGAGUACUCAUCGAAACAUCCAAAAUCAAAGCUUCCAAACCGAGCCAACCCAGUGCCGGCCUCCUCUUCUGCUUCUUCUUCUUCUGCAAUCAUUCUUCUUCAUAUCGUAUUUAUAUAUAUACGCAGAUCACAAUGUCUUCUUCAACCAUUAAAAAAUGGCAAGCUUUAAUCCCAUAAUCCCCCACCCUUUCUCUAUCUUCAUCAUCUUCAUCCUCUCUCUCAUCUUCACAUCCAUACCCAUGUCAACUCCAACUCCAACUUCGACAUGUUCUAACUCAGGCCCAGUAGUCGCCAAAACUCCAUUAAUCACCUUUCUUGAAAUUCUCCAAAAGACUGCACUCAACACCUUGGGUCCAAAAAACUUCGACCCAAAACUCUACGUAGAUCUUUCAUUAAAAUCCAAUCUUUCAAUUACCCAUAACGCAUUCGAUGAUCUUCCAAGGACCCCCAAUGGAUCUGUAUCGGUUACCGAUUUUAAUGGGUUUAUUCAGAGCUACUUCAAUGGUGCUGGAGAAGAUUUGGUUUAUACUGAACCGGUCGAUUUCGUGCCCGAACCGGAGGGUUUUUUGCCGGAGGUUUUGAACCGGGAGGUUCGGGCUUGGGCUUUGGAGGUUCAUUCGCUAUGGAAGAAUUUGAGCCGGAAAGUGUCGGACCGGGUCUUGGACCGGCCCGAGUUUCAUACUCUGCUUCCAUUGACUAAACCGGUGAUAAUACCCGGGUCGAGGUUUAGAGAGGUUUACUAUUGGGAUUCUUACUGGGUAAUAAGGGGUUUGCUAGCAAGUAAAAUGUAUGAGACUGCAAAAGGAAUUGUGACAAAUCUCAUUUCCCUUAUAGAUGAAUUUGGGCAUGUUCUUAAUGGUGCGAGGGCAUAUUACACUAACAGGAGGUAAAGUCCCUUUGAACAUUUCUUGAUUUCUUG